AUGGAUUGUUCAGCUCUCUUUCCUGAAAUUGCAACGGUGCAGGAAAUCCCUAUCCCUUCACCUUCGCAAGGUGUUACGGGAGCUCAAAAAAAAUCUUUCAUUCAAGCUCUCAAUGGAGUAUGCGAUAUUCCAACAUCCCAAUUUCCCCCUGCUGUCAUCAAGGGGGAUAGGCUCUCAAUAACAAUUCCCGAGGAGGAAUAUAAAGCAGGACUCAACGAUUGCAAAAACAAUCUUCAUGGUAGAAUAAUAUGGCCCAAAGAAAACUCUCCGCUAACAGUGGUUGCGCUUCGUACUAAACUUGCGAAGAUAUGGUCAGAAAUUAAACAGUGGGGGGUUCUGUCUCUAGGUAAAGGAUACUACGAAUUCACGUUCGCUUGUGCUGAAGAUAUGAGGCGGGUUAGAGCUUCAGGUACUCUGAAUCUUAAUCCUGGAUCUCUUAAGCUGUUUGCUUGGUCUAGAGACUUCAAUCCGGCUGUGCAGAACAAUACGUCUGCUCUGGUGUGGGUUCGCUUUUUCGGUCUUUCACAGGAGUAUUGGAGGCCUAGGAUCCUCUUUGCCAUUACGAGUGGCGUCGGUACUCCCAUUUUCAUAGACUCUACAGCUGCUAAAUCUAGAUUGGAUCGCACUUUUGGCCACUUCGUUCGGGUACUCGUUGAUAUGGAUUUGACACAACCUCUUAACUAUAAUGUUCUAGUUGAGAGACAGGGGUUUGCGUUCUUUGCUGAUAUUGAAUAUGAGAACUUACCGGAAUUCUGCUCUCAUUGCAAAAAGCCAGGACAUGGGGUUAGUAAUUGCAAGUUUUUGCAGAAUGAGAUUUCGCGCUCUAAUGUUGGGCAGAAUUUGAAGAAAGGAGCUACCUAUGUGGAAGUUGAGAAGGAGACUGUUGCGAUUGAUCAGGAGGUGAAUUUACAGGCUGGUAGGGUUCGGAAGACGUCGGGAACAGUUGGGGUGAUUGCUAAUCCGCCAAACUUUGUCCUUAUCCCGUCUGCUGAGUCUUCUUCGUAA